CUUGGCCUCCUCCUGCAUUGGGUGGCGGAAAACAACUGGAGCCUUUAGGCGUAAAGCAUCCACGUCGCGACUACUAUCGCUUUCUAGCUCUCGCUUUGGGUGUGUGUGUGUGUGUGGCCUUCUUUAGCAACAUGGAACCUCAAGUCAACCAGAAAACUAUCAACUUCGGACCCGGGCCCGCUAAACUACCGGUGCCGGUCCUGGUUCAAGCCCAAAAGGAGCUCCUCAACUACAGAGGCCUUGGGAUCAGUGUUCUUGAAAUGAGCCACAGAUCGUCAGAUUUCAUCCAAAUCAUAAACAAAGCAGAGAGUCUCCUCCGAGAGUUGCUAAACAUUCCAGACAACUACAAGGUGAUGUUCCUGCAGGGCGGUGCAUCGGGCCAGUUCAGCGGUAUUGCCCUCAAUCUGAUUGGCCUGAAGGAGGACAAGUGCGGCGACUACAUCGUGACGGGCACGUGGUCGGCGAAGGCUGCCAAAGAGGCGGAGAAAUAUGGCAAAGUCAACGUAGUUCACCCGAAGCUGGAUAGUUACACGAAAAUCCCAGAGCCCAGCAGCUGGAAUCUGAACCCGGCGGCGUCCUACGUGUACUACUGCUGCAACGAGACCGUGCACGGUGUUGAGUACAACUUCACGCCCGAGACCAACGGGGUGACCCUCGUCAGCGACAUGUCCUCCAACUUCCUGUCGCGGCCUGUGGACGUCUCCAAGUUUGGUCUGAUUUAUGCGGGCGCUCAGAAGAAUGUGGGCUGCGCCGGGGUGACGGUGGUCAUCGUGCGUGAGGACUUGAUAGGCCACGCCCAGAAAGAGUGUCCCAUCAUCCUGGAUUACAAAGUGCAGGCCGAGAUGAACUCGCUGUACAACACGCCGCCUGUUUUCAGUAUCUACAUCAUGUGUCUGGUUCUGGAGUGGAUCAAGAACAACGGCGGCGUCGCAGCCAUGGACGCACUCAACAAGCGGAAGUCAGACUUGAUUUAUGACAUCAUCAACUCUUCCGAUGGCUUCUAUGUGUGCCCAGUAGACGAGGCAUGUCGAAGCCGCAUGAAUAUACCAUUCCGUAUUGGAAAGAAAGUGGCUGAUGAGACCUUGGAAAAGGAGUUUCUGAACGGGGCAUCCAAACGUGGAAUGAUCUCGCUCAAGGGGCACAGGUCAGUUGGGGGAAUCCGUGCCUCUCUGUACAAUGCUGUAACACUGGAGGACGCUGAAGCUCUGGCGCAGUACAUGAAGGAAUUCCUAAAGGAACACCAGUAAAACGGGCCGGAAUAACUUGUGCACUGAAAAAGAAAAAAAAAAUCUCUCAUUGAAAUGAUAGUUAUGGACCAAUGGUGGAUGUAGAUGACAUUGAUUUGUUUGAUCCUAACCAACACUAACAUGCGUAUGCACGCACACUUGGCUGAUCCAUUGACAUUGUUUUAAUGUAAAUACCAUUGGUAAUUGUUUACAGGUUUAACCUUCAAAUUACAAUCAUCUUUAUUCUU